UGCUACCAAGCAAGCGUACUCGACAUUGAGAAACACCCAAUGUUAUGAAUGAGCGAGCUGCCUGUUGCAAGAUGGCCGCCAUGUGGCAACGUCGGUCUCCAUUGGCCAGCAGCGCGGAGUGUAGACAUGUCUGCUGCCAGCUGUCAGCUGACUGAAGAUCAGUUUCUGUGCUCCAUCUGUCUGGAUGUGUUCACUGAUCCAGUCGCCAUACCAUGUGGACACAACUUCUGUAAAGCCUGCAUCUCUGAACACUGGGAUAGAAAUGUCCAGUGUCAGUGUCCCAACUGUAAAGAGGAUUUCGACAGAAGACCUGUACUACGCGUCAACACUUUCAUCUCUGAGAUGGCUGCUCAGUUCAGACAGUCAGCUCAACAGAAAGCCAGCAGCAGCAGCUCAGAGCAACACGUUGUCAAACCAGGAGAAGUUCCCUGUGACGCCUGCACUGGAACCAGACUGAAGGCCCUGAAGUCCUGCCUGGAGUGUCUGGAGUCCUACUGUGAGACUCACCUGGAGCCUCACCUGACAAAGAAAGGCUUAAAAAGACAUCAGCUGAUCGACCCUGUGGAGAACCUGGAAGGCAGGAUGUGUGUGAAGCACGAUAAACUGCUGGAGCUGUUCUGUAAGACCGACCAGGUGUGUGUCUGCAUGCUCUGCACUGUUUUAGACCACAAGACACAUGAUGUUGUUCCUCUGAAAGAAGGAUAUGAAGGAAAGAAGGCUGAGCUGGGGAAGACAGAGGCUGACAUUCAGCAGAUGAUCCAGAAGAGACGACUGAAGAUUCAGGAGAUGAAUCGCUCAGUGGAGCUCAGUAAGGAAGGAGCAGACAGAGAGAUAGCAGAUGGUGUUCAGGUCUUCACCGCUCUGAAGGAGUCUGUUGAGAGAAGCCAGGCCGAGCUCAUCGACACCAUCAAAGAGAAGCAGAGAGAGACAGAGGAACAGGCUGAAGGCUUCAUCAAAGAGCUGGAACAGGAAAUCUCUGAGCUGAGGAAGAGAAGCUCUGAGGUGGAGCAGCUCUCACGCUCUGAAGACCAGCUCCACCUCCUCCAAAGCUUCACGUCCCUGAACACUGCUCCACCCACCAAGAACUGGACAGAAGUCAGGGUCCGUCCACCUUCAUAUGAGGGGACUAUGAGGAGAGCUGUGACUCAGCUGGAGGAGACGCUCAGUAAACAGAUGAAGAAGCUGCUCGAGGUGGAGCUGAAGAGGGUCCAGCAGUAUGAGGUGGAGGUGACUCUUGAUCCUGAUACAGCACAUCCUGCACUCAUCCUGUCUGAUGAUGGAAAACAAGUUAAACAUGGUGAAGUGAAGAAGAAUUUCCCAAACAAUCCAAAGAGAUUUGAUGAUAGUUACUCUGUGUUAGGAAAGCAGAGUUUCUCUUCACCAAGAUUUUAUUACGAGGUUCAGGUUCAAAGUGUGUCUGUCUGGACUUUAGGAGUGGCCAGAGAGUCGAUCAACAGGAAGGGAAAGAUCACACUGAUCCCUGAGAAUGGUUUCUGGACCAUAGGUUUGAGUAAUUUCAACAAGUUCUACGCUUGCGCUGACCCUGCAGUCCGUCUCUCUCUGAAGUCUCCACCUAAGAAGGUGGGGGUGUUUGUGGAUUAUGAGGAGGGUCUGGUCUCCUUUUAUGAUGUUGGUUCUGCAGCUCUGAUCUACUCCUUCACUGGCUGCCGCUUCAAAGAGAAACUCUACCCAUGCUUCAUUACUCGGAAAACUGUCUUAGUCCUGGUAGGGUGCAUCUUAGGGAAUAUAAAGAUUGACCGUCUGAUCAUCACUCCUGUCCAUCACACAGAGUAAAAAAAACUGUGGAUUUUCCACAGAGGGAUUAGUUAUGAUUUAAUUUAAGAAAUGUGUAUUAACUGGUGAUGUAAAGGGUUUUCAUUGAUCUAUCAGAUGCUUAUUUUCUUUCUGUUAACAUGUCUUUGAUGUUUCAUAUGUCCUACUACUUAUAACCAAGGACAGCGCACUGAUCUAUAUUAUUCAAUACAGUCUCAUUAAUCUAAUGAUUGAUUACCUUUCUUAAGACUGUUAAAUUAUCAUAAAACUAUAUGUUCUUAGAAAUUAGAAGCAUAAAAAGUUCCCUAAAUGUCCAUGGUGCCGAGGGCAAAGCCUUCACCUGUCUGAUCCUUGAAUACAUCACAAGAGUUGAUCAGCGGCACUCAUUACUCAAAGGAACAGUCAUGCUCAGAGCAUUGGGGGGGGGGGGGCAUUAAUUGCCGGUGCACAUUGUUCAGAAGAAUAUGGAAUAUUGGUAAUAUUACACCAUAUCACUUAUGGUGUAAGGAACCAUAUAAUAACAGAGUUAUUCUUUAAAACUCUAUUUUCUUGGAAUUGAAAGAAUAUCAUUGACAUUUUAAAAGUCAAGGCCAUUUAGAAAAGGAUGUAUUUUUUUAUGAAUUACUUUUUACUAGCAUGAACAUGUCUGUUAUUAAUUAUUAAGAAUGGUUUUGAUUAAAAUGUUGUUCAUGGUUGAUAAUGAUAAUAAUGUUUAUCUUUGAUUUAUUGUUGUUAUGACGGGAUGAGGUGUUGAUAAGGCUGUAAAUCUGUGUUUUUAGAGUGGAAUCAAUGACUUUAAAGUAUGUUAAUGGACGUAGGAAGGAGUGCAAAUGAUCAUGCUUCUGCUAAUGGGGAUCAUAAUAAUCUAAAUAAAAAAAAUGAAAGCAAAGCAAAG